CAUCCAAACCUUCACUUCACAGGAGGAUUUCCAGGCUUCAGCGUUUAGCAGAUGAUAAUAACGUCACCGUAUCACCGUCAAACUAAACACGCGUCAGAUCCAUCGCAGUAAUCAUCCUUGUGCUGUUUAUGUCAGACAGGGGAGAAACUACAACUUGUAAGACAGAAACCAGCCUGCACAGGUAUCAUCGGCAGGUGUUCAGGAUGUUUUUGUUGCAACUUCAGACCUGCAGGUAACCCUCAUCGCCUGUGCUGCUGCUUUCCUUUGCACCCUGGAGUGGAGAUGGUCUACUGGACCACACAGUGGGGGACAUGCAUUUGGCUCCAGCCUCUGCUAGCCUUUGCCCUGGCCAAUUGUCCCUCACUGCCCCCCAGCCCCGUCAACUUUUCUGUUGUGUACACCAUGCCCUUCUUCCAAGCACAGGGACCCAUCCAGAACAUAGUAAAUAACUCGUUGUACCAGGAAGUGUAUGUGGCUUCUCAGAAUGUGAUCGAAGCUGUCAACAGGAGUUUGGAGAAGGCCUGGGAGCUCCGCACUGGGCCAGCUGGAAGUCCAGAGUGUCAGAUAUGUGAUCUGUGUGACAUCGAUAAGGAUUACAACUUUCCAGAGAACACAAACAAUCAAGUCUUGCUGUUCGAUACUUUCUUCAUGUAUUUGUAUUCUUGUGGAAGUUCUCAGUAUGGUGUAUGCUACUUCCACCAGCUGUACUCUAAUGGGGAGCCGCCUUCUUAUUCUAAGUGUUUGUUUAGAAAGGACUCCAACUCUGCUGCUUACUGUCCAGACUGUGUGGCUAGCCCUCUGGGUACUAAAGUCUCCAUGGUGGAGGAGGGUCAGACUGUAUACUUCUUUGUUGCAGCUUCUGUCAAUGACAGUGUGACCCAGCGUUACGGAAGGAAAUCGAUAUCAGUUCGAAGACCUCUGGCCACUGAGGACGGUUUCUACAGCGAUGUGCGAGGCCUGACUGUACUGCCCAACCUGAGGAGGACAUAUCACAUUGAUUAUGUCUACAGUUUUUACAAUCAGGAGUAUGUCUACUUCCUUUCAGUACAAAGAGAGAGCCCAGAUCUGGACUCCUCCCCAUUUCAGACUCGUCUGGGACGUCUUCCACGAAGUGAAUGGGAGAUGAAGAGGUAUCGCGAGUUGAUCUUGGAGUGUCGCUUUGAGCCGAAACGUAGGAGGAGGAACAUACUCAGUGAGCCCUAUAAGGAUGUUGUGUACAAUGUAGUCCAGGCAGCCUAUUUUGGGAAGGCAGGCAGGGAGCUGGCAGAGGAGCUGGGGGCAGAGGAGGAGGCUGACAUCCUGUAUGGGGUGUUCGCUGUCACCAAUGACAACGGAGUCACAGAGAAGGACUCGGCCCUGUGCGCCUUCCCCAUGGACAAUGUGAAUAAAGCAAUUACUGAUGGGGUGGAUGACUGCUGCGAAUCUGGACCAGAGCAGCUCUCCAGGGGGCUUUGCCAUUUUCAGCCCUGUGAAAGCUGUCCACAUGAGAGCAUGGAGAACAACGCCACGUGUCGGGAUCAUCCGACCAUGGUGUCCAAACCUUACUACAGAGUGGACCUCUUCAACAGGCAGAUGACAGACGUCCUGCUCACCUCUCUCCUGGUCACAACCAUAGAGAGCAAGACUGUUGCCCACAUUGGAACCUCCACCGGACGUCUGCUUCAGCUUGUAUUGACCAGAUCCAGCCCGGUUAUCUUUGCCAAUUACUCCCUGGCAGAGAAUCAGAGGGUGUCCUCUAUUGCUGCUGUCUACUCAUCAGAGUAUCUGCUUUUUGUAGUUGGAGACAAGAUGAUCCAGGUGCCUCAGAGAGGGCCAGGCUGCCAGCACUUCAUGACCUGCGCCAUAUGCCUGAUGGCCCCGAAAUUCAUGGGCUGUGGCUGGUGCUCCGGGGUGUGUUCAUGGCAGAGUGAGUGUCAAAGUCGCUGGAGAAACGAAUCCUGCCCACCUGGGAUCACAGGGUUCUCUCCACGGACUGCGCCCCCUGAUGGUCAAACAGAGCUAACGCUGUGUGGAUGGGAGUUCCAGUCACCCUUAAGACCACCUAUCACCUCUAAAACCCACCAGGUUCGAGUAGGACAGACCCCCUGCACUGUGAUUCCACUUAAAAGCAACCACACGCACUUAGUGUGUAAGAUUCGCUCUGGGGCCACGGAGCUGUCCAAACCAGUCAACAUCACAGUGGAAGUGUAUGAAGGCAAAGCAGAGGGCCGCUACUUCAUCCACGGGAAAGCAGAAAUGCCAGGGUUCACGUUUGUGAUACCCAACAUCACAGAAAUCCAGCCCAACUACGGGCCUCGCGUUGGGGGUACUCUCAUCACAGUGACUGGGCCUCAUCUGGAUGCUGGGAAGACCAGAAAAGUCACUCUUAACGAUGUUCCCUGCCCUAUAAAAAGGGUCACAAAGCCCAGCGGGAACGUUUCAUCCAUCAUCUGUCUGUCACAGCCCAUCUCAGAGGUGAGGGACGUCCCGCUGAGUGUUUUCAUCGACAAGUCUCCCGUUCGCACCACAAAGGUUUUUUAUUACAAAGAAAACCCAAAGAUUUCAGCCGUGCUGCCCGACUGCAGCUUUGACAGAGGCUCAAAGAUUGUGAUUGAAGGGGAGAACCUGGAUUCUGUGUACCGCACCAUCAUCCACUUUAAACCCAAUGAGAACCACCUGAAACCUGUGACCAGGGACUGUGUAGGCAAGUCGCUGCCGAAGAGGAUGGUGUGCAUCACGCCUGUGUUCCACAGGGAUGAGACUGAGGAAGGAGAGCUGUCUUUUGACAUGGACGGUGCACUGGGCCUGUGGAAUAAAAAGUUCUCCUACCACCCCUAUGGCGAGCCUAUACCUUUUGAAACAGAGGGUCAUGUGCUAAAUUUGUACCCUGGUUUUGAUGAAGUGUCACUACAUCAUCAAAAACUGAACCUGGUGAGCUCCUGUAUGACCAUAAUUAUGACGGUGGCCGGUGUUGAUUGUGAUGCUAAAGUCCUGGAUAAUGAGAUAACCUGCAGGAUCCCCAAAAACAUGACCAUUCCCAGUGAGGGGCUGCCAGUGAAGAUUUCCAUCAACGGGCAGGUUCACAACGUUGGCACAGUGGUGAGGGUCAGCAACCACUACAUGAUGGGAAUCGCUCUGGGGAUCCUGGCGGCUCUAGUGGCCGGGGCAGUGCUGGCUUUUGUUGUAAUGAAACAUUUGAGAAUGAAGAAGAAAGCUUUAAUGGUGGAGGCGAGUUUGUCCCACAGAGCUACCCGCUCUGGUGCAAACGUUGCUGGGAUGUCACCCAUCGGAGACUACAGAAGAGUGAUAUCCAUGAAUCCUCCCACCCCCUUAGUGGGAGCGGUGGUGUUUCCCAGCCUGGCUUAUGCUGCAGGCAACUUGGAUCCAACAGACUCAUGGACUCCCCUCAUGCCAACAGAAAAGAUCUCCAUCUGCAACUUUAGGCCAGAGCUGCUGGAAGAAGUGAAAGAUGUUCUUAUCCCUGCUGAGAUGCUAGUAGUGCAGCACCAUCGCAUCAUAGGAAAGGGCCAUUUUGGAACAGUCUAUCAUGGCUACUUCACAGAAAUCCACUGUGCUGUCAAGUCUUUAAAUAGAAUAACAGAUGUUGAGGAGGUGGAGCAGUUUCUGAAGGAAGGCAUCAUAAUGAAGGGUUUCCACCACAGCAACGUGCUCUCUCUGCUGGGCAUCUUCCUGCCACAGGAAGGGCUUCCUCUAGUGGUGCUGCCAUAUAUGAAACAUGGAGACCUGCGGCACUUCAUACGCUGCGAGAAGAGGAACCCCACGGUUAAGGACCUCAUCGGUUUUGGACUGCAGGUUGCCAAGGGGAUGGAAUAUUUGGCUCAUAAAAAGUUUGUGCACAGAGAUCUUGCUGCGCGUAACUGCAUGCUGGAUGAGUCGUAUACUGUGAAAGUGGCAGAUUUUGGCAUGGCCAGAGAUGUUUUUGAUAAGGAAUAUUACAGCGUUCAGGAUCACAGGAAAGCCAAACUGCCUGUGAAGUGGAUGGCCAUCGAGAGCCUGCAAACCCAGAAAUUUACCUCCAAAUCAGAUGUGUGGUCCUUCGGUGUACUGAUGUGGGAGAUGCUGACCAGAGGAGCAAGUCCCUACCCAGAAGUGGACCCUUAUGACAUAACACAUUAUUUAAUGAAGGGCAGGAGGCUUCCCCAGCCACAGUACUGCCCUGACCCAUUGUAUCGCAUCAUGCUGCAGUGUUGGGACCCGGAUCCAGACCUGAGGCCCAGCUUUGCUACACUGGUGAUGGCUGUCUCCACCAUCCUUUCAGACCUUGAGGGAGAACACUACAUCAGUCUGAAUGUCACUUACGUCAACCUGGACCAGCCACGGCCCUACCCCGCUCUCACAGAGUCUGCUGAUGAGUAUGACUCAACAGAUGCUGAAGACUCAGGCUCAGUCUCCUCCUGAUGCUCUCCUCUUAAUCUACUGACUUUAAACUGGUUUUAAAGAGUGUGUACAAUGCAAACACCUGGUUCUUUUACCUCAAAGGAUAAAAAACACAAAGUUAUUUCCUGCUACAUGAGUACAUUAAGGAUGAAAUAAAGUUUAUCCAAAAAGGUGGUUUACCUGCACAACAUAAAAAUAUCUUAAAUUGUUCUUAAAAAACAUAAGAAAUUAACCUCAGAAGCUGUUAAUGCUUACAAAAUAUUGCCUUGGAGGAAUUUUGCAUAAUUUUUAGACACUUGCAUAGUCUAGGUUUUUCUUUAGUACACCACUCCUUCUGUAGCAAGAUGCUUUAAUGUUAUUGUACAUGUACUGCCCAUCAGUCAGGUGUCACCAAGACAUAAUACUUAUUACCUUAAUAAACAUUCUCAGUAAUACAGUAUUAAGCAGAUUAUGUUUUAAUACUUAGUUAGUUGCAUAGUUUAUUUGACAUCUCAGUCAAAUCCACCACACACUUCUUCUCUAAGUACAGUCUAAAAAGCCAACAUGGCAACAGCCAAAAUACCAAACAUGAGGUUUCAAAACUAUAUUUGACAAACCAGAAGUGACAUAAUGUCCACUUAUUUAUCUAUCUAUCGUGGGGAUCAGAUGUUUCCCUGCUCCAACACACCUAAAUCAAAUGAAAUGGUUCUCCAACACCUUGUUGUCAAGUCUGUUAAUAACCUUUUAAUCUGAAUCAGGUGUGUUGAAACAUUUAAAAAACAUCAGGAUUUGCUGAUACCUGCUCUAUAUUCAGCAUUUCACCCCCAAUAUUAAUCCGUGUGAAAAGCAACUUAUUUAAUAGACAUUUGAUUUUGUUUUUUACUGCUAACAGAAAAUAACAUGGAAUCACUUUUCUAGUACUAGCUAGCUGGGAUAGUCUCCAACACCCUGCAUUGGAAUACGCAGGUAUAAAUCUAGCAGCUAGUACUGCGGUGGCGAGUGCUGAUUACCUCAUAUCUGCUACCACCUGGCAACAUGGACAGCAGCAGGGACAUCUGGACUGUCAACAUUAGACAGUGGUCCACAGUUACUGAUGAGGGCAUCUUAUCUGGAGAUCUCAAACUUAUUCUCUUUUAACAUUAGAUAUCAGAGCAUUAAUAUGAUUCAUCUACAGAAACGGAUUUUAAUAACCAACUGUCCUUACUGGAGUAUGAAACACUAAUCUGGUUAUAACAAGUUAUCAAAUGUCGGUAAAGAAAUAGUUUAGAACUUUUGUAUAAGCUGUUAAUUUUCUAUUUAGUCAGAUAUUUAACAUAGUUUAGUUAUAACUAGUUUAGGCUGCAGGACACCGAGUAUGUGAUCUGUUUGUGUUACUGAAUUAUUUUUAUUUUCUGGUCACAAAGUUGCCCUGAAAAUAGCAAAUAACUAUACAUUUUGCAUUAUCUCCCAGAUUAGAUAUUUGGUCCAGUUACUGGCAAAAAAAAGAAAAAAGAAAGAAAGAAAGAAAGAAGAAGAAGAAGAAGAAAAAAAAGAAAAACAUAAAAGAAAUCAGAGCUGAGCAUGAAGACGUGCAGUCUGAAUGUACUCUGACUCUCAUCAACAGAGCAGCAUCUUGCCCUUUUUUUUUAUAAUCUUUAUUUAACCAGGAAAUGAUCCAUUGAGAUUAAAAAUCUCUUUUACAAGGAUGUCCUAGGUCUGUUAGCAUUAACUAGCAUCACAAAAGUUACCUGUUGUGUCAUCUGCAACAUGGAUAUGAAGAAUUUCAGUGCCGGAUUAAAAACUUUUCACCAAAAUUUAUCGUGCAGUUGUUGGGAUUAAAACCCUGUGUUUCCUCUAUCAUGUUUUAACGGCAUUCUGCCCGGACAGCAUCAAGCACCACCCCCUUUUACCCUGAAUUGUCACAACAAUACAAAAGCCACAAGAUGAAUACAAAAAGCACAACACUCCACAAUUAGCCACAACACUUCACAAUUAGCCACAACACAAUUAGCCACAACACAACACA